UCAUCCACGGCAGUCGUCGUCUGUCUAAUGGCUGCUAUUUUUAAUUUUUAUUAAUAAAAUACAGGAUUUUACAUGCGUGCAUAAUUAAAACUCGUGCUAAAGUUAUAAAAUCGCUGUUCUUAUACGAGCGAGUGUUUUAUGAUUGAUCUCAUGCUUAACGAUUUCUUAAUAAUUGACAUCUCUUUUUCAUCUUCGCAGACUUGAAUUUGGAUUGUGCAAACAGCAAACACCAAAUAGUAAGUGUAAUAUAAUGACAUCAGAAUCUGAGCCAACAGUAAAGAGGUUCAAACCAAACAAUGCAAUUAUGAAAGUGGAUGUGGACGAUUGCAUAAAAAAAAUAUGGACCUCGAAAACAAACUUGAAAGCAGUACUAGCUGAUGAUAUAUACAAAACUAUACCAUCAGUGAAUGUGUUCGUAGGGUGCUUGAAAGAUGUAAAGGAUAUUUCCAAAACCAUUUUAGUUUUAAAUGAGAAGUUGCCUUUAAAAGAUUUGCAGCACUUGAAGAGAGCUAAACGUCAGCACAUCAUACUGUGUAAAACGGAGCUUGUGCAACCCUUGUCAAUACUGGAGUUUAUUAAUAUUCAUGCAGAGGAACUGGCAACUGUAUUCGAAGACUUCCAGCAAGUUGAGGUCCCCUCUUUGCCACCAAAAGUAAAGAAGCAGUAUCAGGAUGCAAAUACUCUGUGGCCAUGCAACUUUCAUCCCAAUCUGUACUUAGAAAAACUAGUCAACAAUGAACUGUUUUCGUCUGACCAAAUAAAACAACAUAAAAAGUACAUGCAAAUUGUGUUUGAACUUGCAAAAUGGCAUAAGGAUAAGGAAAGUUUAAAUGAUGAUAUGAUUAAUAAUGCAGCUCUAGUUGUCGAACCAGUUUCACAAACAGUUGUUGCUAUAGCUUUCGAUAACAGAAGAGACCAUCCAGUUCAGCAUUCUGUGAUGCUGGCAGUUGAUAAUGUUGCUAAAACACAAGGCGGGGGAGUGUGGGCUUCAAGAGAACAUGAUUUGCAAGUGUUGACACAUCUUCAGGAGAAAUAUCCUGAAGUUAAGUUUGGUUACGAAAAGGCACAAGCUAAUGGAAAAGAAGGACCAUAUCUUUGUACUGGAUAUCACAUGUAUUUAUUGAGGGAGCCGUGCUUUAUGUGUGGUAUGGCGCUAGUGCAUGCCAGAGUAAAGUGUAUUUUCUUCUGUCUGGACAAUGUUGAACUUGGUGCGUUGAAAUCUAGAGCAAAAUUGCAAGCUGUGCGAUCAUUGAAUCACCAUUUUGAAGUCUUUACUGACUUUUUAUGAUAUUCUAACGCUUCAACUCCCUAGUGGCCACAACAAUAGAUUUCCAAGAAUCCAU